AUUUUAUAGAGAUAUGGACAGAAAACAAUAACGUGAUUUAUUUAGUAAAUGAAGGAAGUUGCAGCAGAAGAAUAUCCAAAUGAGAUUUUUGCUUGAAACUUCCGUUAAUUCUUACAAAUUGUGGAUUAUAAAGGACUGCAAAGAUUUAUCAAUUUUUGAUAGAUACAUGUUACAUUGCAAAUUAUAAGGAAUAAUGAUGCAAGCAUUAUUUUAGUUUCAAAUUUGUUCAUAAUCUUGAAACAUAAACUUUGAGCUAUUUGUUAAUCACAAACUAUGAUAAAAAGGAAUCUGAAGAUCUUGUGAUCUUCAAGAGUUAACAUUACAACAGUGAACUAUGAAGAGGAAAGAUUUGGAAAUAUCCAUUUGACCUUUGAAAAUUAAACAAGUUCAGCUAUGCCACAUCCAUGUGUGGUGUGCGGUCGUUCUCGCAUGAAUCCUAACAACCGUGAGGAGGAGUAUAUGUUUUUCAGUUUCCCAGUAAACGAUGAGGCGCGCUGUCGUUGUUGGCUUGAGUUUUGCAGCCGCGAAGAUCUAUACAAACUGUCCAAGAAGCAACUGCUGCAACGUAUGGUCUGCUCCAAACAUUUUCAGCCACAAGAUUUUCUUACUGAGUAUCUUGACCGUCUCAACUGUUCAGCAGUACCAUCUGUCUACGAUCCUACACAGAGUCUCUACAAUAUCACUUGUGUUCUCUGUGGUACAAGCCGAAAAGAUCCACCAGGGCCUGAUUACGACGGCACAACGUUUCAUCAUUUCCCCGGUGAGGAGUUUCGUUGUCUCAAAUGGCUGGAUUUCGUAGGGGUCGAGUCAUAUUAUAGGCUAACCAGAAAGGAGAUUCUCUUCUGCUACAUCUGUUCCAAGCAUUUUGAUCGCUCCCAAUUUGUUCCGGGAUAUAAAGGAAGACUAGCGGAAAAUGCGGUCCCGAAUAUCCGUGAUCCCAAACAGCUGGACGAAUCGGAGUUAAAAGUCACAGAAUCAGCGGUGGAGCCGAAGCUUUUUGGUGCGCCAGAGCGGUGCAAAAAGCCAGGGCUUCUGCCCAUUGAGAUAUUGGAGAGUCAAGCGUGUGCGGCUUGUGGUCGCUUAAGGUCGAAUCCGCGUAAUAAACUCGAACACUACAAAUUCCAUCCAUUUCCAGCAUACGAAAUCGGCCGAUGCUUGCGUUGGUGUCAAUUCUUAGGUCGUGAAGACUUGCUCAGUAUGUCGCCAAAUCAGAUACGCAAGCUCGUGCUGUGUUCUCGUCAUUUUCAAGCGGGUCAGAAUUUCCGUAAGGGUCCAUGCGACGCAGUACCAACCAUCAAGGACGUUUCCGAGUCUUUGAUGCCUGUAGCCUCUGAAAACUAUGAAGAACAAGACAUCGGGGAAAAUACCAAAGAGACUAAGGAUACAAAACAGUUCUCUAUCCCGUUGGUAUCCAGCAAGAAACCCAAGAUAGAUAACAAGCCUGCUCCUUUGGCCAAGAAACGCGGGAAAUCCCGACGGCCAACCUCUAUUAACAUCCCCAGACCUGAUCUCAGUAAUGUGGAAAAUCGAGUAGUCAGGAAAUUACCGCUACCGUCCUCGGCAAAUUGGAAGAUUCAAUUGGGUGAACAGCUGCAGUCGAUAGCCUUGAAUAACGCAACUUCCAAUGUAACAAUGUCCAAUUCUCAAACGGACGGACUCAGAAAAGUAAUCAUGCCGUUUACCUGGGAUAUAUCGAGUUUGGGCGCGCCUAUACCAGUGCACAGCCUGUCCAGCAUACCACCAGGGUUGUUGAUUAAAAUUAAUUUACCGGAACAGCAGCAGAAAAAGGAGCAGAAACCGACGAUGGCCAAGAUUAAAAUGACAAAUAAGAAUGCUUCCAACAACGAAAUUUGGUUGAAGAACAACGGCCAAACGUCUGCCGUGUUACAAAAGACCAAACCGCACGUGGAUAAAAACUUCAUGGAGCUUCUGUCGAUAUCCCCGGAGCCAACGGAAGAGACCUUGAAUUCCGAUGAGUUGGAAGUGCAGGAAGAAGUAAUUCUCCCGCAUUCUCUGGAAAUUUUGAGGGAAGUGGACAUAAAGAAGGAACCAUAUUUUAAAAAACUGGAAGUCGUCAAUAUAAAGAAGAAAAAAACAAAGCCAAAGAGGAUCACAGGUACCAUGAGGAGGACCAUGUUUCCUAUUACAAGUGAAGUUGGUCGUUUCCUAGCGAAGUUAACGCCGCUGAUGCAUCGUUUGCCGAAGAAGGCUAGAGCACAGACGAAGCUUUCCAUUGUUAAUAUGGUAAUCGAUCAUCUCUGAAGUUGUGAAAAAUAUAUUACUUUAUGCAUUAGAAAAUAUCCAACUUCAGGAAACUCUUGAAGUUUGUAGUUGCAUUCAUUUAUCUACCAGAUAGUGUUCAAGAAAUCCUAAAAAAACAAUUUAGGUGAAUUGUAACAUUAUAUUGAUUAUAAACAGGCACAUAGAUUUUCUAAAAUUAAAAUAGAACAAUUUAUUUAACGAAUGAUUUAAUCACAGAGGAAGAGUUAAGUUAAAAAUAUGUUGAUAUUGCGAAGUUUGUAAUCAAUUUGUAAAGAUGCAAAAAAAAUCAAUUACUAUCUUUAUGUAUAUUCACAAUUGAGAAGAAUGUUAUUUUUACUAUAUAUUUAUAAA